CGGAGCCUGAGGCCGUGCGCGUCUUUCCAGCAGCAAGGAGCUGUGCCACGGGAGGAAAACAUGCCCGACAUCGGAAACUCUUUACGCGCGGCUGCCCUCCUGGCUUUCGUGGUUCUUUCUAUUCUGGUGUCACUCUUGAUUAGCAGCGUGCAGCAGUUUGGAGCGAGAAUAUCUGACUUCUCCAACGCAACUGUUGCUGCUGAUGAGAAGGAGUUCGCCUCCCUCCGCGGGGCGUUGAUUUACCAGCUCAACGAGAGGCGCAAAGAAAUCAUUCCGCUGCUUUUACCUGUUUCUGAUGAUGAUGAUGAUGAUGAUGAUGAUGAGGGUGGUGAUGAAAACGGACUACCCGGGGAACGCCGCUAUUCUCUUCUUAAUGACCAAAUACAAGACUCAAUGUUGGAUUCCAGUCUGUGGAAUGAGAUCACGCAUGGCUCCAGGAAAGCGCAUAUGGAUGACAUGGAUUGUGACUCUCUGGUGGACAUGCAGGCGGUGGAGAUUCUGGGGUCUGGAUACACCAAACUGGUUGUCAAAGUGAAUCUAGCCGGAGGUCAGCCGGUGGCGUUAAAACUCGUCAACGAGCAGGGGAUAGACAUGGGAAAGUGCGUGGAGGAUUUUAAAGACCUUCGAGGCUGCCGAGAGCUCGUUUCUUACAAGCUGAAGAAAGAAAUAGUCCUGUUGCAGAGGCUGCAGCAUCCGAACGUCAUUAAGCUCAAAGGUCACUGUGCAGGAAAUGCAAGAGGAAGAGGAGGAGAGGAGGGAAGAGUUACGGUCAUUCUGGAGCAGGGGAAUCCUCUCCAGAUGAUCCAGCUGCUCCAGAGUCCCUGGGAGGACAGGUUCAGGGUGUGUCUGGACCUGGUCAGGCUCCUCCACUUCCUCUCCCAGUCUCCUCUGGGCUCCGUGGCUCUGUUGGACUUCCAGCCCCGGCAGUUUGUCACCGUGGCCGGCGAGCUGAAGCUCACGGACCUGGACGACGCCAGCGCCAAGGAGACCUCCUGUCGGAUGGACGUGGACUGCACCCUCCAGUUCCCACACAGAAACUUCACCCUGCCCUGCUCGUCCCGGGGAGUGUGUGAGGGCCUGAAUGAGAAGAGGAACAUUUACAACGCCUAUAGGUAUUUCUUCACCUACCUGCUGCCUCACCAGGCCCCGCCCGGCUUCACACACCUGGUAGACCACAUCAUGAACUCCACAGGGGAGCUGAAAGCUGACAUCAAUCAAACGCUGGAGGCCUUUGAACAUAUCCUCCUCCUCUACAAGUCUGGCCUGCACCUGGACAACCUGCCUCCAUCAAUAAUCAGAGAUUUCACCGUGAUGCGUGGCAUGGGGACCUCCGGGAACGCGGAGUACCGCUGCUGGCCGUCGUACAGCCAGGAGGGCUGCGUGCUGUCGGUCCACAGCGCCAGAGAGGGGGCGCUCAUCUGUAACUCCCAUUCUCAGUGCAACAGCUUCACGCUGACCGGCCGGAAGACGUGGACGGGUCGGCUCCUCGCCUCCUUCAGGAGCAGCUUCAGUCAUCUGGUGCCCGAUGGGACAUCAGAGGUGUAUGUGAAGAAAAGCAAACCUCCCGAAGCUUCAGCGGCGUGACGCGAGGACCCGGCGGAACGAUCCAGCUUCGAUCGGGCCGAGCCAGGCGAGAGAUGAAACGCAACGCGCGGAGCGUCGCUCUCGAGAUGACCUCCUCCUCCUCCUCCUCGCGAGCGCGUCCGUGGAUUUGCAGGAGGAGCGUAGAGGCCGGGGCUGAGGAGGCGUUUGAAGUGAGGCAAGUGAAUGUGAUGUAUUUAUAGGGCUUCUGCUCAGUGACUGUUUGAUCUGCUUGCCAGCUCACUGCCUCUGCCAACUGCUAUUUAAAGGGAUUUCCCUUCAGGUACAAUUAAGGAGGGAGAGCCUUGUGCCCCCGACAUGUUUUUCUUCUUCUCGACCAUGUCUUUAUUUGCCAUGUGUGUUGGCUUUCGUUGUGAAGCCGGGUCCCCCAGUAUGAUUUUGACGCCAAAGAGGUAAUAAGAACAGCCGCUGCAGCUCAGCGUUUGAAGCCUGAGGACGAGAAAAGAAAACAAGCUCUUAUACAAAUACACUUUGAUGUUAAUGCGAUGAGGUUGUGGCUGUUUUUUCAUGGUUCCUUGGCUAAGCUGCGCUGUGGUAUGAGAUGGCAACAACCAUGUAAGCAUUUCCACAUUAACAAUGAGCAAAGUUGAUAAAAACCAUUCCCGAGCAUUCUGUUUCUACAUCCUGUACUUUCGUAAACUUAGUUAAUAUUGCUUAGUGCAUACAUAUUUAUAUGAUCAAAUGAAAUGUAAUUGCUCUUACAUGAUUGUGCAUUUUAGCUUACGUGCACCUUGUGGGUGAAACUUUUAUUUUCAAUGAAAAAUUAUUCACGUCAGUGUUUUUUUUAUACUUCACUUAUUGUAAUUGUACAGUUUUACAAUGUUGUAAUAUAAAUGUAUCGUUUCUACCUUUUUGCUGUGGUUGUCAAAUGCUUUCUGAAAAUGUGAUGAGGUAUAACUACCAGCCUGUUUAUUUCUCAUUAGCACCUUGUGUGUGUGUGUGUGUCAGUGGGGGAGGUGGAACUUGCAUGUGUAUAGUGACCUGUCUUUGUGUGUGUUUUAAGUCCUUUAUCUGCUCACGUGCCCCCACAUCUACAAUCUGUAGCCCAUCUGAAUGAAACCUCCGGUGCUCCGCAGAGUUUGCACAAUACCAGAGGAAUGCAUUCAAAUGCCACGUCAUGCUGAGCUCAUUAUGAGCCUUAAUUAAUCCAUGUAAAUGAGCUUACCUACCUUCCCUUUCUCAUGGGGAGAGAGGGGGCAUUACUGAGAGACAAAGGCAGUCAUCGGGACAAUCGGAGCUCAAUCUGCGGUUUGCACACGAAUGGGCUUGCCAUCUGUGCCUGCCAGGAGGAGCACGGGUGAGGUUGAGAUAAGGGGCGAACUGCAGGGUGGCAGGCUGAAGCAUCGGUAAAGUCAGGAGUAGUAGCAGCCACAGAGUCUGCUGGGAGAGAAAGAGCAGACCAAAUACCAGCAGUAUCCUGAUAUGAGCCAGAUGCUUUUGUACUCCCACACUCUUCACAUAUUUACUCUGAGUGUCAGGUGGGGAAUCUUAUUGAAGAAGGACAAAAUAAUGUAAAAGCUAUGUAUUUUGUCAGAAAAACAUAAACAUAUCUUUGAUUUGCCGACUUUAAAGGGCGCGUCCUGUCUAGAAAUUACACGUUUAUAGCUGAGACACCGGGGAGGCCUCAGGGUCUUCUGUGCCUCAUGUUGGCCCCUUGUUGUCUGGACAAAGCUGCUGAUUAGAGUCUGAUUGUGGAGAUAAGAAGUCUGAGUCAGAUUAGGAAAGAACAAACCAACUCAGUGGACCAACACAGCAGGUCUGACUCGAGGAUGGUGGUGAAAUCAUCCCCCACAAGAUGUUUGUUUUAUUUGAGCUUUUGUAAAUAGACUUAAAACCUCAGGCAGACCUGCUGUGUUGGUCCACUGCAGAUAAUAAUAAUCUACAUUGUAUGUUUAAAGGGAUAUUUUUGGAGUUGUGUUUUUUACUUUCUUGCAGAGAGGUAGAUCCUGAUGACUCUCGUGUCCGUGCGGUUGGCGUACACGAUCAUGUUUUCCCGAGCACGACCCGUCCUACUCUGCCUCUCCCAUUGGCUUAUCCUGAUAUUCUUACCCGAACUAACCAAUCAACAGAGGUUACGAGUACUAGCCAAUGGGAGCCAUUCUGAAAAAUAAUCUACCUAAAGUAAAGGUAAGCGUAGCAGUUUCUUUUGUACAGAUUAGUUAAAAAGAAUAAAAAGACACAUGUUAAUGUGAGCUCUAGAGCUGCUGGUCGUGGAUUUUGUUAAACUUUUACAGAGCCAGGUCGACUGUGAACCUGUCUCCAGUCUUUGUGCUGAACUAACUGGCUGCGGCUUCACAGAGGGGCCACUCUUCUCAUCUAAUGCUCAUUAAGGAAACGGCGUUCACCCAAAAUGUCAAACUUUUUCAUUUGUCUAUUUUCUUUAGUCUACAGAUUUACGGUUCGGCGUCUACAGUUAAACGCAACAAAAGUAGCUCGCUGAUAGAUGAAUAGCCGACUCGGUGAACUGGUCACUCAAAACGUUUAAAACAUUUAUGAACAAGUAAAGUCUCCCCAGUAAUAACAGUGAAGACGCCUCAGUCCCGGUGAUGAGCUUUACUUUAAUAAAAAGUCCAGCUGCUCCUCCUCCACGUCGACUGGUUGGUCUCGACACUUCUUCUGACCGAGCUAAUGGAUGUUCUGGCUUUGCCGGCAGCUUGCACAUGUGUUAUGAUCAAAUGCAGAGCAGUGAUUGUAAAAUGUCGUUUAUCUUCACAGUUCAACAACACAUAGUUGUUCAUGUUCCUGGGUGAAUCAUCGGCGUCAGAAUCCGCGGUGGUUUCCGAGAAGGUAUUCACAGCAUAGCUUUUGUAUUCUCAGUUGGGUCUGAAAGUAUUCCCUUUCUUCCCUCUGACUUUGUUUAUUUAGCUGGAAAUAUGUGGGGAGGUUGGAAGGUUGAGCUGCUCUGAGCCUGUUUGUUUUCUCAUGAAAGUCAUUUUUUUUUGUUUAGGGAUGUUUUCAUAUCUGCAUCGUGGUGAAACUUUGACAACAUCAUGUGGUACUGCUCUCCUGAUGUUCAUGUGUGGUACACUGGUCCUCUGUUUUUAACCAUGUAAUUGACAAGUUGGUCUUUUAUUUUUUAUGUUUAAGGUUCAGCGAAUGAGCGGGGGAGGAGAGAGUGUUUUUAUUUUUUACCCGCCUCCAUACCCUUCCAUUUCUGUUUUUUUAAGUUUCCAGUUUCACCCGACUUGUUUCCGUCGGGUUUUAUUCAUGACCUCCAUCUGGAAAUAAUAUAUGUUCAUGAAAACAAGCCAUCAGCAAUUUUAGGGAAGAGUUGUGUGGGUGUGUGUGUGAGAGAGAGAGAGUGCGGGGAGGGGGACAUUAGGGGCCUCUUCUGUAGGGUUCAGGCUCAACCAAUGUAGCAGUUUUAGUGCAGUGAGAAAGACAUGUCUCAGUAAGCUAAGGACCCAAGCUUCCAACCUCCUCUCUUAAAAUCCUGCUGCAAUGCAUUUGUGGUCUGGCUUAAGUCUUUGAUUCCAAUGCAAAGUUAGUCAUCAAAUGUAAGAAACCGCAGUUGCUGGGAGAAAUUACGUGUCGGGCAGGUCUUUGGCAAAAGGUUUGACCUUGGCUCGGUCUAAAAAUAUGCAUUAACUCGGUGAAAGCCGGCAUAGUUCUGCAGGAAAGAAGAUCUGGCUUGUGUUUAAGUCGCUCACGGGAGCGUAUGCAGCCUGUGGCGGCAGAGAUAGAGCAGAUAUUCAUCGACUCCAGGCUCGCAGAACACUUCUGUGCCUGUCUGCCGCCUUGGCUGCAGUACACAGGAGACCGGCCGGUCACACCUGAGAGCCUCUGAAGAGUAGCCAGACAUUUAGCCGAGCACAGAGCCUUCUUAGUUUGCGGGUCGCUGUCUGUAUAUCUAACUGUCUCACUAACUAUUUGCUUGUCUGACUGGCGCUGAUACGAUCUCUUCCAGAGCCAUAAUGGCUUUAGCAGGCCCUGAAGGAGAGAGAGCAAGUAGGUGUGUGUGAGGGUUCUCAUUUCUGGCUAUCUGUGGGGGUGUGGGGGGAGGGGGGGGUUGUUGGCUGGAUCAUGUUUUAGAAAGCCCUGAAGUUAACCCCAGUCAAAAGGUUUAUGCCGACCACUAAAGCCACAGAGGCAUCUUGAAAGGUGCAGUAGCUCGGCGUUGUAUCCAGUGACAUCUCCGUGGUGCAUAGUUCCCCGGUGUGAAGUGAAACUGCAGCGUUGCACUGCAGCUAUUUAAACAUCAGAUAUUCACGUAGGUGUUUUCUCCCCACUCAAAGUCUGAGCUUGGUGGAAUUGCAAACCCCCUUUUUUUGGUUAUGAGAUCCCCACAUGUUCUUCUGCCCUGCAUUCCCUCCGACUGCAACUCAGCAGCAGUCUGGGUCAUUUUUCUUUUGAACCUCCUCUUCUCCUCCCCCCCCCCCCCCCCACACCUCUCUUCCUUACCAGUCCAUCCAUCAUACAGAGUGUCUGGAGCCUCCUUUCACCCCACCCGUCCUCCCCUGUUGCUGGCUGCUGCCCUCCCUCUCUGUUUGAAAUGCUCCUUCAGGCCAAAACCUCCACAGUUCCUCUAUUAAUGUCGGCCUCCGCCGCUGCUGUUAAAUGGUUCCACUCCGUAGCUUCAACCCUCCGUCAGUGUCCUCCUCCUGCCAAUCUUCCACUGCGCCCAUCUUUCUUCUGUCACAGCCCACAACUGCUGGGAAGCAUCUGGAGUUUCCCCCGUCUUUCAACUGGCUGAGACCUGAGAGCAGGGCUGCUGAGGAUCUCUCUCUCUGUGCGUGUGUGCGUGUGCGUGUGUGUGUGUGUGUGUGUGUGUGUGUGUGACUAAAACUGCUGUUCAAAUCAAAGUGGCUGCCUUUUGUUGCAUGCUCUGGAAUCCCCUUCGUCACACCUCGGCCGUUUCUCAGCGGGGGGGCUACUGCCCCCAGCCAGAGGAAGACUUCCCUCUUUACAGUUAAUCCUCUACCGGAAAUACACCAUAACCCCCCCCCCCCACCCACCCCCACCCCCUCUGACCCCCAUCUGACUCAUUCAAUUAAAUGUAUGGCUCCCUGCAUUCAGGGCAUUUAAUUCUAAAACAAAACAAGGUUUUUUUUCCUUCCCAAUUUAAAUUCCAAAACACACAGACAUGGUUCGCUGUCGUGUGAACUCAACUUUACAUUUUACCCACGAUUAACAAACAUCCUGCUCACAUUAAUCUAGUUGACUUUUUAAAUGGUUUUACUGGGACAGCCAUUAUGAGAAGAGGAAGGAAACCCUUCAUCGCGGUCAAAAAGACACUUUAUUCAUAUAUUUGUGUAUUCUUUAACUUGUAAAUAUACAGUAUUGUAUAUACAUUGUUAAUGUUGCCAUUUUACAUUUGCUACUAGGCUAUAUUUAGUUGUGUCUGACACAGACAGGACAGCGGUGUCUUUUAAUCCUGUGAGAUGAGCAAAAAUAGUCGACCUGACAGUGAUGUAAAAAUAAUUUCAUUAUAACUGCGUUCGCGCUUCUUUGGCACAAUGAAGUGCAGCUUCAGAUGCUUUGUGCACGUUGUUAAACCUGGGGAAGCUGUGAAGAGAGCUCUUUGCCACAAGUCCCCAAUUAGGGUUCUGCCCACACAGCCAUAAAACAGUUAGUGGAAUCAUUCAGUGGCUGUUAGAUUUAACACUAUUAAGAGUUCAUUAGUACCUGCAUACACAACUGCUCCUGCAUGGGAGGAUCAUUAACAUAUACCUGUUAAAGUAUAGGCCAGAGGCCUUUUCACUCAUAUUCAUUUUGGGCCCUCUGUAAUAAAUAUAGAUAUAUACAUGACAAGCAUUUUAUGAGUACAUCGUAACUGAUGUUUGAGAUGGUCCAAACAACCCAGGUUUAAAAGUAUUCAAUUCAAUCGUCACAUUUCAAUGAACUACAAAAAUGACAUCUAUAAAACAAUCAAACCUUAAAUUGCAGUAUGGUGCUGAACAUGCAGCACUAUACACAUCAAGACACAUGCAUUACAUUGCAUAUCGGUUUACAUUGCAUUGAACGUGUUGGCACUCCGACAAAUUAACAUCAGACAUCAUCCACAAAGGAAAUGCAGGUGAAUAUGAAAUUAUAUGUGAAUGUGUGCCAUGCAAAAAUACACCCGAGGAUAAAAAGUAAAACACACUGCUGUUAAGUCAUGUUUCUAUUAACAUAUAACAUUAAGUAAUAAUACAACAGAAUGUGUACAAAAUAGUGUGAGUAAAAAACAACUAAUAUUAACCUCAUCUAAUUUACUAUAUAUAGAGGGGAGACAGUUUUGGGGUCAGGAAAAAAUAAUGAGCCGACAGGUAAAAGUACUUUUAAUUCCUCCCGUAAAUGAAGGCGGGUGCACUGAAAGAAAAGGGAGGCAACUUGUUGAGCGACUGACACAGGGGAGAGAAAGAAAAACAUCUGUAGCAAGGGAGAGGGGUUAAAGGUCGACCGAAGCACUGAUGGAGAGAUGAAGUGAAGAGAAAGGCCAACUUAUUAGAGAGGCCACCAUGUAUUACGUAUACAUUUGAAUGAUUUUAGACCUGUGUGCAGCGGCUGACACCGUAGAUCACGUCAUUUUAAUGGAUGGCCUCAAAACCUGAGUUGCCAUCAAGGAAGCUGCACUUGACUAUAGUUGUAUUCUUACAUUUUACAAAUAACCUACUCGGUCACCAUGCUAAUUACUCGUCUUCCAGAAAACUCACAUUACCUGUGGUGUACCACAAGGUUACAUUUUAUUAUCUACAUGCGUCCACUCGGCCAAAUAACUCCAACGACACAACGUCUCCGUUCAUCGCUCUGCAGACGACACACAGAUUCACCUCCGGCUGUGACCCGGUGACCCGGUGACCCACACAGUCUGAGAGUCUCUCUCUCACAUUAACUGUUGGAUGGAAGAAAACCUUCAGAAGUCAUAUUGUCCAGCUCCCCUUUCUGCGGAUGCCUGUUGCCAGAAACCCGGGAGCUCUGUUCUCUCAGCGAAGCUUUAAAUCAGAGAUGAAAUGAAAUGUCCAGUAAAUUAAGAACCAUCUCCAGAAUUAAACCCACACCGUCUCUGAGCUGGAAAAGGCAAUUCACGCACUCGUUUCCUCUCGACUCGACUGUAACGUCCUCCUGUAAACCAAACGUCUCCACCUACUUCACAAACGCAGCAGCUCGGCUCCUGACUGGUUUUAACAGACGGCAUCACAUUACUCCGGUUCUGCCUCUCCCUGUGUGUGUUAGAAUGGAUUUUACUGAUCACUAUUAAAGCCCGCCUGGGUCUGGCCCCGAGCUACUUUGUUGGAACGUUAGCCGCAUGUGAGCUCGCAGCCUCAGAUCCUCGCUGGGCCCUCCUGGCCGUUCAAAAGUCGAGGCUUGAAUCAAAAGGUGACCGUGCUUCUGCUUCAGGGCCCCUCGACUUGCCCGAGGAGAUAAGGCUCGCAGAAUCAGUGACCCAUUUUUAUAGUAUAAUGGCUUUAAGUGAGUCCUUUACUUAUUGUGUUCCUCUCAUUUUGUUUCAUCAAUGUAUGUAUUUGUUUUCUAUUCCUUUUGCUCUUUUCUGUUGUUUGAGUUGGUUUUGUCGUGUGUGUGUCUGUGUGUGUGUGUGUGUGUGUGUGUGUGUGUGUUCUAUCUAACCAGUUGGACUUUGGGGACUACACAGGAUCAGUGCCACGUGAAAAACACACCACACUCGCUUUGAAGGAAAUUACAAACGGUCACUGUGCCAUCUGGUUUCUGGACAAAUCCCAGCGCAGUUAUUACGACUUUGAUGUUACUUCUUCUCUUUAGAUAAAAGGCAGUUUUGUGAAGCCCCUUUAUUUAAUGUAUCAAAGGAAACUGACAUGGUUGACCAUGAACAACUGCUAAAUAGAAUUACUUUAAAUACACAUGCACAUAAGCAAUGUAAAUUAUACUUCUGUGGCAUUGAUGGUAGGCCUACACACUAUUAUAUGUUUUUUGGCAAUAGCCUUGAAAUUUGCUAAAGUUGAGCCAAAUGUUAAAUGUAUUAAUGAUACGGAAACAGACAUAAGGGCAUGACUGUUAAACGCAAAUGCUCGACAUUUUAUAUUUUAACCCUCAUGUCGUGUUCGGGUCAAAUCUGACCGAUUUACAACUCAUUGUAAAUCGAUCAGAAAUAUAGUGUUUUACAUCAGAUUGCCUCCAGGCCCUAUGCUGUGCCCCACACUGGGCAGGUGAACGUAUACAUUGCUGAUCACCUUCAUUGACGUUUUAGUUGUUUAGUCAAGUUUGUAACACCCAUGGUGUUCCCGGUCAAAAGUGACCGCCAUAGGAAAUGAAUGGGAAACACUGGAUUAUGUCCAUUCAUCAGAUGGAAAACAGACCCACACAUCCACAACCCCCCCUCUCCCACACAAAACACACACACACACACACACACACAGCUCUCAGACUAGUUAGUCUAGCUUUCAUGGAUGAGGGUGGAUGAAAGACUGGCAUGUAGCCUUAUUCUGUUUUUAAAUAAUGUGUAUUCCUCACAGAAACCUGUCAGUCUGUCUUUACAGCUAUCAUCUGCAAAUGAGAGACAUGCUUAUAAUACCAGACAUGCACUAAAUGGUCACUUUACUUUUCCUCUGCCAAGAACUAAUGCACUAAAGAAAUCAGUAAUGUACAGAGCCAUUGCAUACUGGAAUGUGCUCCCCUCAUAUGUGACUCUAACAAGAAAUACAUGUGAUUUCAAAAGGAAAUUUAAGGCAGCAAUAAUCGGAAAGGAAAUUAUAGUAGAUUAGGUUAUUAUUUUAGGUAUUUAAGGUAUUUAGGUAUUAUUAUUUUACUUUUAAUGUAAAUGUUGUUUUCUAAGUCUAAGUGUUUUUGUGAAAAUGUAUCAUGCUGUACUGCAUUUUAUGUAUUUGUAUUGUAUUGUAAUGUUUUUUGCCUGGACCCCAGGAAGAAUAGUCUCCACUAUGGUGUAGACUAAUGGGGAUCCUUAAUAAACUAAACUAAACUAAACUUUCUAAACAUGCUCUUAUAUGGAUUUAUAUUCAAUUCUGGAGAUCUCCGCUCUUUCUUUCAUUGUAAAGACAGCGUCACAGGUUUGCAUGGGUGGUGGUUUUAUCUGGAGCCUGGUCCUGCUACUAUCAAUAUUAUUAUUAGUGGCAAUGCAAUUAGCAUUGCUGCUUUUGUUGUCAUUAUUAUUCUAUGGAUCCAAUGUUUUUUGUUGUUAUUUUUGGUCGUCAUUUUUUUUAAUGCCUACUACUCUCAUUAUAUGAAUGAUUUUUGUCAUAUGCAUUGAAUGUAUUGCAACUCUGUUAUGAUGUUUAUUCUGUACACAUGACAUCUAUUGUCCUUCUGUCCAUCCGGGGAGAGGGAUCCUCCUCUGAUGACCUCCUGAAGGUUUCUCCCCCUUUUUCCUGAUCCGAUGUGAGGUCCCGAACAGAGGAUGCUGUGUGUUUACAGAUUGUAAAGGCCUCUGAGGCAAAUUUGUAAUUUUGGGCUAUACAAAAUAAAUUGGAUUGGAUUGUCCUGCA